UAUCAUCAAGAAGUAGUAGAGGACCAUUUCCCAAGCUGAAUCCGGGGUCAUAAUUCUGAUGGUCCUGCAACAAGCGUAAGGACAUCUCACUGUCUAAGGGUAUUUGAUUGCUUGUUAAGUUACAAGAGAGCGAAGGUUCCUGCAGUAGUUCCAGGUGAGGAGCCUCGUGCCACUGUAUUCAACGGUGGACUCUGUUGUAUUAUCUGUAAUAAGUAAAUACAAAGAUGCUUUUCCCUAGAGAUGUCUGGUCCAGAAGGCUACCUCCGUAGUACUAGUAUUUUAUAGCCUGUUACUAACCAGGGGUUUAUAAAUGGACUUUGACCUCACUAAUGGUGGUUUGUUUGUUUUGGGACAUGACUAAAAAUAAGGUUAUGGCUGUGGCCCUGAGCCCCACUUCAAAUUAAACAAGGCUACUAGUCUGACCAGAGCGCAGGACGUGACAUCUCUUUCUGUCUCGGGGUAAAUCAAAGCCGUUGAAAAUUUCAACCAUGCAGGAGAAAUUCUCAAACUUCAAUUUGCCGCCUGCAAUUUCUUCGGGCUUUCUUUUUACUUGUCUUGGACUGCGACAAAUGUGAAAAAAUUAUAUACCCAUCUCGCCGUUGCGUCCGUUCCAAGAGAAAAGAUUUUCCCGAUCGGCAUAUCAUAAUAACCGCUGAAUGCAAAAACCCAGUGAAAGAAACAAAAACUAGUCGUAGAAGACGAGAUUGCCCGAAACACAACUGUAAUGGAAUUGGGUGGGGCAUCUCUCAGCUCCAGUUAAGGUCAGAUGGAAGACCAGAUGGUUUUGGUUUUGCCCACUAUUCAACCCAACCGCUUUACCCGCGAUAUCCACGUUUGCAUUAUAUCCAAUCAAUGGCAUCUUCCUUCACAUUACAUUUUCUCUUUCUUCCUGUCUACUUACUGUUCUUUGUCGAUCUGCCCGCCUGCCCGCCUGUCUUCUCUCUGUUACGGUUCCUUCUCCUGCGCUGCCCUGCCCGGCGCUCCUUUUCUUAGACUUUAUCUCCUUCCCAUCUCUGCCUCACCCGUCCGGCAGAAACGUAAUAUCUCUGACGGAUUUAUCGAUCCCGUAUCUUUCCGUCUGCCUUUUUAUGCAUCGCAGGGUUUCAUUAUUCACAGGGCUUUGUUAAGGGCGAUUUGAUCCAGUGCUGUGUGCUUGAGGUAGAGGAAGAGGAUGUCGAGGAAACGAGCGGCGUUCGAGCCCGUGGUUCCCUGUAAUAUGGAUGCCAAGCAUGCGAAUCUCAUGCAGGAUUAUCUUCAGCUCCAAGAUGAAUUCGUGGCGAUGAAGGAUCAGGUCAAUAAAAGCAAGAUGAGGAAGGCGACCCUGUUAGCAGAAGUCAGAUUCUUGAGAAGGCGGCUGAAGAAGCUGAAGGAGGCCCCUCCGAAUCUCAGAGAAAACGGAACUGUUUCGUCCAGUCCCCCGUCAACGUCUUACAGCGGAAAACCUACCUCCCGAGCGAUUGCGCCAGAGCCUUCUACCGUUCCUCGUAAGAAUAACCUUUUGGCUUCAAGCAAAAUUCCUGCAAUUAGGGAGCCAAUCAGGACCAGUGCUUCUGAAUAUCCCACCGAGAGGAAGGUGGUCAAUCACAACGUUGGACUCGUUAGCGCACUUAAGACAUCCGUAUUCAGAACAAAACCCAGUGAGUUUGUCACGGCAAUGUCAGAAAAGAGAAAAAUUUCAUGGCAAGAUCAGAUUUCUCUGGAAUGUAAAUGAACAGGUUCAUCUAUUUUUUUGAAUGGGUCAACCCUUUUGUCUGUACAUCCAGUUCCACCAAAGUUACUCAUGUAUGAUAAGUUGUCCUCAUUUUUAAGGCCUUGCUGCAUGCAAAGGUCAUUUGCAGAGGAAGGUCCCUCUUUAUUUUUGAACAAGUAGCUAAUUAGUUUCAAUGAGAGGUGAAUCAAUUUUACAAUUCUAUAAUUUACAAUCUUCACUGCCCUGGAAAAAAAUCAAAAUCCUUUCUGGAAAGUGUAAAAUUUGAUUUCUAUAGAAACUUUUGUCUCUUACAUUUGAA